AUGUCUCAACCAAAAAUUAUUGUCUGGCACACGGACACUCUGACUGUUCAACUAGCCGUUGGAAGCGACGAAAUUGUUCGUAUUCUAAAUAUUCUCCCUCGUGAUGUAUCAGUGGUGGUACAGGAUCCCUCGGCUUCCAAACAGGGUGCGAUUCCUCUGUUUGGCGUACGACUGAAGGCUGAGGGAAACCCGGUUCAUAAGUCGGCCAAGGCGCUCAUUGGCAGUUACGUAUCAAGCAGGCUGAAGUAUCAAAGCCAUCAGGAACAUAGUCAUGGUUUGCUAAAGUCCCUCAAUGUUACUGCGUAUGACGAGAUAUCGCAAAUCUCCGUUACCUCUCACAUGUCGGUGUAUUCGGGAAUCCCUGUAAUCCGCUCGACGGUGACCAUUCGCAAUGAGUCGCAGGAAGACAUCGUGGUCACCCAACUGUCCUCGCUCAUUGUGGGUGCUCUAGGUGAGAAGCCGAUUAGCUGUUGGCUAGACUACACCUUGUCCACGCCGACCAAUACGUGGUUCAGAGAAGCGCAGUGGCGGGAUGAGUCCCUUCCCAGUGUCGGAUUGGACGAUAUCGGCCUUUCCGAGCUGCCUGAACAUGAGGCGUCAUUAGCGCAUCACUCCAUUUCAAAUCGUGGAUCGUUUUCAACAGGAACCUAUCUCCCAGUUGGAUUGCUGAAGAAGAACGAUGAUAGUGAAUGCUGGCUGUGGCAGAUUGAGAGCAACGGCUCAUGGCGCUGGGAACUCGGAGAUUUUCAAGAGAAUGUUUAUCUAGCUCUAGGCGGCCCAACAAACAAAGAUCACGGCUGGAAGCACUGCCUGCGUCCGGGUCAUUCGUUCACCACGGUACCGGUAGCGCUCUGCCACGUGUUGGCCGAUCCGGACAACGCCUUCGCCGCCUUAACUGAGUACCGCCGACGCAUCCGGAGACCGCAUAAGGACAAUGAAGAGCUUGGUGUGAUUUUCAAUGACUACAUGAACUGUCUCAUGGGCGAUCCUACUGAGGAGAAGGUCAUGGCCCUUGUUGACCCUGCGGUGAAAACGGGUGCGAAGUUCUUCGUCAUUGACUGCGGCUGGUAUGCCGAUGACAACGGCUGGUGGGACGACGUUGGUCUGUGGGAACCAUCCACCAAACGGUUCCCCAAAGGAUUGAAGUCUCUACUCGAUAUGAUAAAGGAUAAAGGACUGACCCCCGGGCUCUGGAUUGAGCCAGAGGUAGUUGGCGUUCGAAGUGUCGUUGCAGAUAUGCUUCCUGCGGAUGCUUUCUUCCAGGAGAACGGCCGACGAAUUGUUGAGAAGGGCCGGUACCAGCUGGAUUAUCGGCACCCUGAGGUCAUUAAACGUAUGGACAAGGUGAUUGACAACCUUGUCCUCCAGUAUGGUGUCGGAUAUUUCAAGUUCGACUACAACAUUGAAGUCGUUCAGGGUACGGAUGUAAACUCUUUUAGUCCCGCUGAUGGGCAACUGGGGCAUAACCGGGCAUAUCUCGAGUGGGUUGGCAAGUUGUACGACCGCAUGCCUAACCUAGUCAUCGAGAGCUGUUCCAGUGGUGGUCAACGUAUGGACUACGCCCUCCUGUCAGUCCAUUCACUGCAGUCGACCAGCGACCAGCAAGAUCCAGUGCGUUAUUCUGCCAUUGCAGCGUCCGCGCCGACCGCAGUCACACCGGAGCAGAGCGCUAGCUGGGCAUACCCGCAACCUGAAUGGGAUGAUGAGAAGAAUGCGAUGACAGUCGUCAACAGUCUACUGGGCCGUGUUCAUUUGAGUGGUAGGAUCGACCUGCUAAGCUCUCAGCAAUUAGAGCUCGUCGUGAGUGGUAUGGCGGUAUACAAGCAGCUCCGUUCUGAUCUUGCUACCGGCGUCCCAUUCUGGCCGUUAGGUCUACCAACAUGGCACGACAGUUGGGUGGCACUGGGCAUUACCGCAAAGAGCGGAGUCCGGUAUCUUAGUGUAUGGCGCAGAUCUGGGUCAAACACACUCUCCUUGCCCAUUCCUGCACUCAAAGGACGCGAUAUUGAAGUCAAGCUUUUGUAUCCGGAGAAUUUUGAAGCGCACAUACUAUGGGAUUCAAGUAAUGGUGCUUUGUCAAUUCGUGUUUCCUCACCUGUAUGCGCUCGCCUUUUCAGACUCUCUGAUAAAUAA